AUGGUUGCAAGUCAAUCUUCAUCGAAUUAUUUCCAACAGACUGAUCAACGACUACUGGUAAAUGGAUCGAAGUCAAGUAAUCUAACGAAUGCGAACAACGAACUUUCAACAGGAAAAUCUCGUCAACAAAUAGUAGGCGAACACUCGAAAAUUCUUCUCAUAAUAGGAGUUACUUCGAUUGCAAUUAUCACGGUAAUUGUUAUCGUAUUGAUUGUGGGCAAAGUGCUUUGUGCAGAACAGAACUCAACGCUCGAAACAACAGAACAAACAAUGGUACUGCAAGGAUCAAAGCAAGCAAAACAAACUAAAGUGCAGAAGAAAAAAACAAUGCCAUUGUUAUGA